CACACACACACACUCACACACGUACGGAGAGAGAGAGGCACACACACGGGAUCUCUCCGGCAGCUAUCACUUGCUGCCACAUUCCUCCGCUCUCCAAAUAAACCCACGGGCUUUGUUUUUUUGGAUACUUAUUUCUGAUUUUAAUGCCUGAGUUAAUACUUCAGCCAGCACUACUUUCGGGUAGUUUGCGCAUCUUUUUCCUGGGCGACGCACGGCUGCGGUCCGCGGCGGUGCACAUCCGCGAGCUGUGUUUAGGUGCUCUCUCCCAGCCUCUCUCUGGAUGCAUCAGACUCCUCUUCCUCGGGGCCCUGGACCCGGCGUGUGACCCCGCCACCGCUGCCCGCCUCGUCCCCCUCCGCCUCUCCCCCCUCGCUGCCGGGCUCUCCUCCUCCUGCUCCGCCUGUGCACCCCCAGGCUCCUGCUCGGGGCCCCCUGCCUCUGGACCGGUGGGCCGAGGCAGGGGGCCAUGGCGCCACGCUAGUCCUCAGAGGUCGCAGCCCCCUCGCCAUGAGCAGCGCGUCCCCUUCAGACGGCAGGGUUCAGGGGUCACAUUGCACCCCGCUUCACUAUAAACCCUUCAGCUCGCACGAACACUACCAGCAGGUGAUGCGUGCUCUGCAUAAGCUCAAGGAGAGUGGCUUUUACUGGGGGGCCGUUGGGGGCCGUGAAGCCAGCUCCCUGCUGCGCUCGGAGCCCCCCGGCACUUUCCUGAUCCGCGACUCCUCGGACCACCACCACUUCUUCACCCUGUCGGUGCAGACGGCCCGGGGGACGAAGAACCUCCGCAUCCACAGUGAGGGAAGCGGCUUCUUCCUCCAGCCGGACCCCCAAAACACCCAGGAGCUCCCGCAGUUCGACUGUGUGCUGAAACUCAUCGCGCACUACAUGGGCAAGGGUCCGGAUACGGGAAGGACCCGAGACGCUGCCGCCGGGGGACAUUCGGGGGAGACGAAAGCCAAGGGGCGCAAUGUUUAUCUGAUCCACACGGAUGGAGAGAAAAUCCCCCUGGAGUUACAGCGACCUCUCCUCACGUCGCUCUCAUCCCUGCAGCACAUGUGCAGGAGGACGCUGAACAGUGGAGGUCUGGGGCUGCCGGAGCAGAGCCAGCAGCUCCCGCACACCAUCCGAGACUUCCUGGAGGACUAUGACGCUCCGAUAUGACUGACAGGAACUGCAGACGUUCCCGCUACGCGGACCCGGUGCCCGGAGGACAGCACAGAUCUGUUCUCAGCACCCGCGAGAAACAGUCGCGCCACCAGACACAGACCAGACUGAGUCUUAGAUACUAACAUGCGGUCAGUUUUCCAUAACGGCCAGAAUAGGAUGGUUGCAUUUCUUGUUUUCCUUUUUUUUCUUUUUUUUUAACUGAUAGACAAUAUCUAGCUACAGUCUUGGAUGAGGGGUGUGAUUUGGGUAACCAACGAUUACCUCUUCCAUUCUGCCUUUUGGUAAAACUGACCACUAGUUUGAGUGGCAGGUGAAGCCGGAGGUGGAACGCCAACGUUUCCUAUGACUCACUCAGACGCAGAGCAAUGCCUCGUAGACGAUUAGCCCCGAUGGUUGAUGCAGUGACAGCAAAGGCAUGAUCGAUACCCCGCCGGUGACCUCGGUGGUCGCCGGUCCGAGAGGCCGAGAGCGAGUGACUGGGGGAGGAGCUACAGAGGUCCCGGCGAGGGGCCCAGAGCACUGUAUUUGAUUGUCUGAGUGUGUGUGUGUGUGUGUGUGUUUGUGUGUUGUGGUCACGCACAUAUUUCCGUAGCAUUUUCCCGCAAAUGUGGCCACAUAGAGGGGAGUGGGAUGGCCAUGCACGCUAGCUCCUCACACACCACACAUGCACACAAACAGGUACAGGCCCACAUGUGGGACACAAAAAUAACAAAAACAUUACAAAGCAUUUUCUCUCUCUCUCCUGUUUGCUCCUCCUCCAUUACCCUGCCCCCGUCCUUUUUUUUAUGCAUUUGUGCCGUGACACUGACAGAAAACAGACUCCUGUUGCAGAGACAAAAGCUUGUUACUGACACAAAAGGCUUUGGGUGGGACCAAAAAAACAAAAAAAAGCAGAACUUCUUUUCAUCCUGACUGGGAGGAAUAACGUCAGCGACACUGUAAAGCUCGUUGGGGACUGACGAUGGGGACCACGGAGGUGGGGGGGUGAGACAAGGUGUUUGAACAAGGGAGAAGGAUGAGCGGGAAAUGGGAUUAGGAAAGGGAAAUGGAGGAGGACGGAGCCCCGGGGUGGCGGGGGAGGAGACAUACUGGUACACAGCUUAACAACAACAUUGAUGUGAUUGAUGAUAGGCUUCAACCGGGCAGCCAGCGUGAGAGAGAAGGUUUUGGUUGAGAGCCCGAGGUCAGCAAACGUACGCCUGCUCUCUUCCUCCCGGCUUUCUUACCCCAUUCGUGAUGGAGCUAUGAGGAAACCGCUCUGUCCCUCUGCCUACCUGUUAUUGUUACCUCUGGAGAAGGAGCAAACGGCCGGCUGUGCCUGCGUGAAAAGAUCUCAAGACUCCCCCGAUUCAUUCAUAGGAACAAAAUGCCUUUUGCAACGCAAAUCACGCAGACCCAGACUUGUCCUAGUUCUUUUGAUUUCUUUUCAUCCUUUUAAACGUUCCUCUGUUUUGUUUUGCCCGGUGCUCAGACUCACCUGCCAUCCACAUGGGAGUUGUAGCCUCUUUCCACCUCACAACAUCCCCCCGAGCUCAUCUGAGGCUGCACGGGAUCAGGGCAGCCAAUCACAGCAUAGCAACACUCAUUUGAUUGUUUUUGUUUUUUGUUUCAAACAAAGGUCAAACCUGGGUCUUAUUCUUUCACAUCAACAAGUUUGUACAUGUGCUGCAGCGGUGGACCACGUGUACGUGAAUCAUUUGUCUUUUAUAAAGACUCGCAAAAAAAGGCUGGCCACUAGUCUGGCAAAAUACAAGCUGUAAUAUCUGAAAUGACAAAAGCAUUACAAAAGAAAAUGGAGAAAAAAAAGGAACGUUGCACAUAUUUAUAUUUCUAAAAUAUUUCAAUAAUUUAUAUUAAAGAGCACUAUUUUUACAAAAGCCAAUGCAUUUGCCCUGUGUGUUACUUGGCUGUCUGUGUCUCUGCCUCCUCUACUGCUUCUCUUUUCUCCCUCUUGAGUCAAUAUUGACUGGAAGCUGUAACUUACUGUAAUGUAUUGUAAAGCAGUCUGUAUUCCUGCAACUCCUGGCCUCACGACAAGAUUAUUUACUGACAAAAUGGGUUUUCCUAGUUAAACAAAGCAGUGUUUAUUCAGUCAGAGACUUUGGGAGCCGGAGGACGCGGUGCGGGGCAGAUGCGUGUUCCCCCCGCAGGGUUAAUGUCCACUUCUCCCUUCCCUGGGACCAGCAUCAUGAAUGAGUUUCAUAGGCGGCAGAAAAUGUUUGGGAGAAGGUCGGAGGAGCGUUUACAUGGCGUACAAUAACAAAGGGAUUCCCAGAAGCGCAGAGUUGACUCCGUCACACGUACCCACACAACCUUUGACACAGCACUUACUGUGUGGAAAGCUGAGUUUGGGCUGGACCUAACGGGAAAGGAAUGCAGCAGGGUUUUAUACAUCCUGCACGACUGGCUGAGAGAGGAUGGUGUCCUCUGGGGCUUCUCUCUGUGUGUGUGUGUGUGUGUGUGUGUGUGUGUGUGGGUCAGAUAGGUGAAAGGGUCCACGCGGAGGAGAUUUAUGACGGUCUGUGGUUUUAGUGUACAGCCGGACGCAUAAGUGGUCGGUCAAGCCAGAUUGCUGUUGGUAAAAUUAAGCAGGAGGUGAGGUGCUUCAUUUCUUAGCCCCACCAACCCUCCACACACACACACACACACACACACACACACACACACGGUUCCCAUUCCCUGCAUACCUUGUGUUCUGUCUGAGGCGGGCUUCCAGGAAAGAGGCACUUUAAUUGAGUUGAGUUUUUACGGCUUGCCUGGUGUUAGUGUGUGUAUCAGAAGGAGCGAAUGAAGUGUGAUGGAUGAAGGAGCACUGACGAGAAAAGAUGUUUCGAAAAAAAAAAAAGCUAAUUGACGCAGAAGGAGAAUAAAGUUCAAGCAAAACAACAAAAGAAAGAGACUGAAAUGAAGUGAAACUGCUGACGUUGAUAGGCGACGUUACAUUUCAUUUUUACUGUUUUGUGUUGCAGUUUACGCGUUGAUUCGGUGUAUUUCUGUCAUUUAUGAGAUCUAUGGUUCUUUUAUCCUGUUUUGCCACUUCAUAUCUGAAUGAGUGUGAGGUGACAUGAUGUGUUUUCUGGAAGGAAAACUGAGUUGGCCCUUGACGCAGGUCGAGGAGAGGAACAGAAAUGAAUGAACCUUCUUCCCAAAAAUCCAACCAGAAUUAUCCAGUUUUACACACAUUGUCUAAAUACGCCAGCUCAGCUCACUGUGACUCAUUUUUCUUUCCUUUUUUCAAUGUUCCCCAUAGUUGUGUGAUGAGUGGGGCUGGAAUAUGUUGCCCGUAUCCUCAUGAAUCUCACACGCUCGUACCAGCUCUUUCCACUAUGAUUCAUUUUUUGCGCGUCAGGACGCGCCGUGUCCAGCUCAACGGUUUGUCGGCGCUGCCCUGGACCCGGCCAAGCACAACACCCGGCCAAGAACAACACCCGGCCAAGCACAACACCCGGCCCUCAGAACAACUGCAGCUCCGCUUUGACAACAGUCCAAACAUUCGAGCUGGGGCUCGGAGCGCAUGUGCGCAUGCGCGCAGCCGCCUUCAGCCCGGCGAGGAAACGAGACCCAGAGCUUUUUGUUACCCCAAUUAAUGUCCUGAUUAAAAUCUAAGCAUCA